CAUGUUGAAAGUCCAAUUUGUUUCGCAAGGCUUACUGCGUUAUAGAAGGCUAAGAAAUACAGUGCUGAACUUUGCUAGUUAGCUAAAACACUAAUCAACAUGGCUUCUGGUGGAAUGGUUAUCGUGAAAUACCUUCUUUUCUUUUUCAACUUUAUAUUUUGGUUAAGUGGUAUUGGAUUGAUUGUCAUUGGUGCAGUUGUAAAGAGCAAAUAUGGCGAUUUCAUGCAAGUGUCUGACAGCAACUUGACAUCUGCUCCAGUCUUCUUGAUUGUGAUUGGUGUUAUUGUGGCCUUUGUUGGGUUCCUGGGCUGCUGUGGUGCCAUCAAAGAGAACUACUGCAUGGUCACAACAUUUGCAGUUCUACUUGGCAUAAUAUUUGUCCUUGAGAUUGCCGCUGGUGCCCUGGCUUAUGCAUUCAGAUCAAAGGUAAAAGGCUAUGUAGAAACGGCUUUAAAGAAUGGUGUUGACAACUACUAUGAAAACAAAACAAAGGAUAACCCAUACAAGAAAUUCAUGGACAAAGUGCAGAAAGAAUUCCAUUGUUGUGGAUAUAAUGAUAAACCAGAGCAUGGUUACCCCAAAGAUAAAGUUCCAGACUCUUGCCAGCAGAAAAACAAAAYUAUUUCACAAGUGGAAGACUGUAUCAAUGGCCUAGAAGAUAGUCUGAAGAGUCAUCUUGUCGUGGUUGGGGGAGUUGGUAUUGGGAUUGCUUUUGUCCAGCUCAUUGGAAUCCUGUUUGCCUGUUGUUUGAUGAGAUCAAUCAAGAAAGAAUAUGAAGUGAUGUAAUUCUGCUCAUCAUUCCUACCCUACUGUAUUCAGUAUUCACUGUGCACAAUAUAAUGAUGAUAAGGAUAAUUUAGUAAUUCAACGCUUGGUCAAUUUAGGUAGAUAAUUUUGUUUUCGUAGCAAUAGAACUCUAUGUUUAGCACAAUCAUACUGGCAAAUUUCCCAUCUGAAGACAACUUUUUUUGCAAUAGGGAAACUUGUAUAAGGGUGUCAUCUACUAUAAGUAAAUGCUACUUUGCCUCUGCAGCUAGCUGAUCACCUUUUCAUAACCCAUUCUCCCCUUUGUUAACUCUCAUCAGUCCCCUGAACUCCCCUGUGUAACAGGAAGAUAAGCCUCCUUAGCCAACUAGUUACUAUAAUAGGCCACCACUGUAGAAUGUUUUGAGAUACACUAUCUACCUUCAUACAUGCAUGUAUAAUAAUAUGCUUAAUCCUACUGGGAAAUUAAUUGGGCUUUGAACUAUAUAAGUUAUUGGUUCAUAGUUCGUAUUUUUUUUCAAUUCCUUCAUUGCCUAUGCAACACACAAGUACUCGUAAUUGAAAGGUUAAGAUAAGAUGUUUUUUGGUUAAAUACACCUCAAGGCUGUGUUUGUGCUUCUGGUAUAAAUUUGCUCUAGGAUCCCUGUGACCACAGACAGCCCAUAGACGUAAAAGUGAGAGACGACUUCCAAAUAAGCAGUAGACUGCUUCCAAAAUUAUCUUGAGUGCAAGGCUAAUAGAAAAAUAUCAAAGAAAACAAAAUUUUCUUGAUGGAAUUCGUAUUUUCCUGUUAGAAUCAGAUCCAAGUCAAUUUUGUAAAGGGUCUAUACUGCACGAGCUUUAGAUCUUAGGGCAAGAUUUUUACACAAAAUGCAAUUCCUGUGUAAGUUGUAGGCAUGUUAUUGUAAUAAAGCUAACUUGUGUGUAUUGUUUUCAUAA